GAAAAUUCUUCCACCGGGGUUCUUCGAUGUGAUGGAACAUCUUCCAAUUCAUCUUGCGCAAAGAAGCUCGACUCGGAGGCCCAGUUCAUUGUCGUUGGAUGUAUCCCUUCGAGAGAACUAUUGGCAAGUCUAAACGGGGUAUCAAGCAGAAACAUAGAGUUGAAGGAUCAAUUUGCGAAGCCUACCUUGCUAAGGAAACAGCUCAUUUCUGUUCUUACUACUUUGGGAAUGAUGUGCCAUGCUUGCGAAACAGACCCAAUCGGCAUUAUGAAGGAGGUGAGAAUGAUGCUUUAGCGAAGCCGAUAUCAAUCUUCAAUCGACCGGGUUCAGGUUCAAAAAAAAGUACAAGAGAAUUUAAUGAUAUGGAGUCUAAAUCUGCAUCGAUACAUGUCUUGCUAAAUUGCCCGGAAGUUCAACGAUAUUAUGACUACUUUGUGCAUUUAAAUGGCAUUGAAAAAGUGUACGACCAGUUUGGGAAGUGGUUUAACGAUUAUAUACCUCAACGAAGACAUUCUUUGAGCCAUUUCGACAUUUUAGAGAUCUGAGAAGGGUAAUGCACUUGACAAUAUUGAUGGUGUAGUGGUGGUUUGUUAAAUUCCUGACUGUCUGCUGUUGUUUUUUCCCCAGCAAAACCAUCCUUGACAUUGUUCUAGAUAUUUCCACAUAUCUCAACAACUUUAGAUGGAGAUACAAAGUUGUUCUCCUGAUUAGCAAGACCUGCAGGUAUCUCAUUUUGCUGUUGCAAGUUUCCUGAAGUUACUUCAUAACCUGCAGGUCUUUUAUUCACUUCUUGGCUACCUUAUUCUGCAUAUCAUCUUGUGCUUGUGUGUCAAUUUUGUCAUGCUCUUGU